AUGAGUGCCAGAUGUAUGGACACUCCUUUUGCAACCUACCGAGAGAUGGAUUUUUCUAACCAGGUGCAAAAGGGCCCCCGAAAUGCAUGUGUGGAUACGUUAAUUGAAAAAAUUGGCCUUGACAAUUUGAGCCAUGUCUUUGGGUACGGGUCUGGCGUACUCCCGCAACAAGGUUAUGAUAACGUUGAUCCGCAAGUCGAUGUCAUCAUUAUUGCCAACAAUACAAAAGAAUUUCAUGAAAAAAAUUUGAAGAUGUUCCCAGGACACUACUCUUCUCUCAAGUUUCUAGGGAUUGACUUAGUUGAAAGGAUACAGCAAUAUGGGGCAGGGGUUUAUUUCAACCCGUAUGUUCCAAUUUGCGACUCUGGUGGGCAAAGACAAAUGAUCAAGUAUGGAGUGCUCUCAGCGAAGCAUGCAAUGGAAGAUGUCUGUGAGUGGUCUUCCAUGUACGUUGCUGGAAGACUUCAGAAACCUGUUAGGCACUACAAGGAGGAUGGGCUUUUGUUAGCUGCAAAUCAGUUCAACUUAAGUAGCGCUUUGAAUGUUACGCUCCUAAUGCUCCUGGCCGCAAAGCAUGGAAAUACAAUCUCUUUCAAUCAACUUUACCGUACCAUAACGCUGCUUUCAUAUAUGGGGGAUCCUCGCAUGCUACUUGGAGGAGAGAAUCCUAACAAGGUCAAGAACAUUGUAGCAAGGCAGGAAUCGGAGUUUGCCACACUAUAUGGUCCGUUCAUUGAAGAAGCCAUUGAGAAAAAAUAUAUUGAGCAGUUGGACGAGGAUAGUUUUCGAAUACAAAUUGGCUUUCACGAGAAGGCAGAGAUGAUUAAUAGACUACCUCUUCAAUUUAAGCGUCGUCUUUUAUUGAAGCAUGCAUCAAGAGACGGUGCAAUACUUUCAGAGGAGGAAAUGCCUUCUGGAUUGUCAAGUGAUCAUCUAGUAUCACAGCUUGCUGAGAACGAUGGGCUUCAUCAGAGUUUAGGCAGCGCCAUUCAGACUACAAUUCGUGGACCCGCUCUUGGCCAGACCAUCAAAGGGGUUUUUACUGCUGGUUUAGUCAAGUCAGGUAUGUACGCAUGGGAGAAAAAACUUAAAAGUUGGAGAUAG